UCCUCAAUAGACUCAAAGAUGUGAUCUCAAUCUUUCUCCACUACACUACCCAUUUUCUCCCACCUCCCCCUCCCCUUUUUUUUCCUCUCAAAAAUACACAAAAACCUGUUCACCUCUCCUUUUGCAACAAUCAUGUCAACUGAAAUAGUAAAAAACUCCAUCGGCGAAUCAUCGCGAUCCGUCGGCGGUGAUAUUCCCCAUGCAGUAUCAGCUCCUUUGAGCCGGUACGAAUCCCAAAAACGCAGAGACUGGAACACUUUCGGCCAGUACUUGAAAAACCAGAGGCCACCGGUUUCACUAUCCCAGUGCAAUUGUAACCACGUCCUGGAUUUCCUGCGGUACCUGGACCAGUUUGGAAAAACCAAGGUUCACACCAACGGCUGCGUGUUUUUCGGGCAACCGGACCCACCUGCCCCGUGCACUUGCCCUCUGCGGCAAGCGUGGGGGAGCCUCGACGCGCUGAUUGGACGGCUGAGAGCGGCCUAUGAAGAGCACGGUGGGUCAUCGGAGACGAACCCGUUCGGGAACGGAGCUAUUCGGGUUUAUUUACGAGAAGUGAAGGAGUGUCAAGCUAAGGCUAGGGGUAUUCCGUACAAGAAGAAAAAGAAGAAGAAGAAUCAGAUCAUUAAAGGGAUUGAUAAUGAACUCAAGGCUUCAAAGCAGCCCAUUUGAUGUGUUAUUAAUAAUAUUGCAGAAGCAGGCAUGCAGCAGAUGAAUUGGAAGGCAUGCAAAGGGAGCUCGGAAUCAAAGGCAAAUGUCUAAAAGUUCCAUAUUCUGCUUUUGACAUAUGCUCUUUUCUUCUUCUUAUAUAUAUAUAUAUAUAUAUAUAUAACAUAUAUGUUGUAAGCUAGUAUUAAGUAGUAUAUCGUAGGUAGCUUGUAUCGAAGAUCUCAACACUAUUAUUUCAUGUAUCAGCUCAUAAAAUCUCUCAUUGUAUCCUUUCACUACUUUUCUCCAGAAAACUGAAACAGUUAUCAUAUAUGAUAUGUAGCAGAUCUGUACGUUAUUCUAUUUAGUGAAGUAGAUGAGUUAAACAUCACUUUCUUUAAAUAUAAAUCCCAUCAAGUUAUUGGUCGCACAAA